UGUCUCCAUUCGUUCAGCUUUUUCUCAUCUUAAGACCCAGGCUUAUUAAGGUACCGGGGGUCCAAACGCAUCCAUAGUUUCCAAUACCAAGGUCAGGUGAUCCAGGAAAGAUCCAACUGAGACGCGGAGAAUGCGAGCCUCAUCUGCGGUCCAUCGACUGUAAAAGAUAAACAUGGGCAUGGAAAUGUAGACCAUGGCUAACAAACUAGCAUGGGGACCCUGAGAGACCUCCAGUUUGCCCUGCAGACGAAGAUCGAGGAGCUGAGACAGCGCGACGCCCUCAUCGAUGAGUUGGAGCUGGAGCUGGACACUAAAGAUGACCUCAUCAGGCAACUCCAGGGAGAGCUGGACCGUCACCGCUCCGCCGCCAGCCAGUCGUCCUCCUCGGGGCCACCAGACACCUCGGCCCCCCCAGACGAGCCUCAGCGCAUCAAGCGGCAGGCCAUCUCUGCAGAGCCCACGGCCCUGGAUCCCUCUCAGCUCACCCAUGUCACCCUCACCAACUACAGCAAGAGCAAAGAGUCCUCGGAGUUGAUUCAGAGAGCUCUCCUGGAUAACGAUUUCAUGAAGCACCUGGAGCAGAGCCAGAUCCUCACCAUCAUGGACUGCAUGCAUCCGACGACCGUCGCCCAAGGGUGCUGUGUCAUUCAGGAGGGAGACGACGGCUCCCUUGUUUAUGUGCUUGAAGAGGGGGAGGUGGAGGUGACCAAAGGUGGGCAGAAGCUGUGCACCAUCGAGCCAGGAAAGCUGUUCGGAGAGCUGGCCAUCCUGUACAAUUGCACACGCACCGCCACAGUUACAGCACUCACCGAUAUCAAGCUGUGGGCCAUUGACCGGCAGGGCUUCCAGACUAUUAUGAUGAGGACAGGGUUGAUCAAGCACUCGCAGUACAUGGAGUUCUUGCGCAGUGUGCCUUCCUUCAAGAGCUUGACGGAGGAUGUUUUGAGCAAAGUAGCCGAUGUUCUGGAGGAGACACACUACGGCGACGGAGAUUACAUCAUCCGACAGGGGGCCACAGGCGACACAUUCUUUAUCAUCAGUGAAGGCCAGGUGAAGGUCACCCAACAGAAAAGUCCCAACGAGGAGCCAGUGUUCCUGACCGCACUCUCCAGGGGCGACUGGUUUGGAGAACAGGCCUUGAAGGGGGAAGAUGUACGCACUGCAAGUGUGACAGCUGUGAGAGAUGUCACUUGUCUCGUCGUCGACAGAGAGUCAUUCAAACAACUGAUUGGGGGACUGGAAAAUGUCAGCAAUAAAGUGUAUGAGAGUGAAGAGGUCAAGGAAAAGGUGGAGGCUGAGGCUGCAUUUUUCUCCACACUGUCCCUCGGCGAUUUCAACAUCAUCUGUACACUCGGAGUGGGUGGCUUCAGUCGCGUGGAGUUGGUUCAGCUGAAGAAUGACCCCAGUCGCUCAUUUGCCAUGAAGAUGCUGAAGAAGCGACACAUCCUUGACACCAGCCAGCAAGGCCACAUUCUGUCGGAGAGACGCAUCAUGCUGGAGGCCCACAGUCCCUUCAUUGUCAGACUUUACCGUACCUUCCGAGAUGCCAAAUAUCUGUACAUGUUGCUUGAAGCCUGUCAGGGAGGAGAGCUGUGGACACUUCUGAGAGACCGGGGGUCAUUUGAUGACGGCACCACGCGGUUCUACACAGCCUGUGUGGUUGAAGCGCUCGCUUUCCUUCAUUGUCGAGGGAUCAUAUACAGGGACUUGAAGCCAGAAAACAUCAUCCUGGAUCAUCGUGGAUACGCCAAGCUGGUCGACUUUGGCUUUGCCAAGCAGGUGGGAUUUGGGAAAAAGACAUGGACCUUCUGUGGGACCCCUGAGUAUGUGGCUCCAGAGGUCAUCUUGAACAAAGGCCACGAUGCGUCUGCAGACUGCUGGUCCCUGGGCAUCCUCGUCUUUGAGCUCCUCAGUGGGAGCCCACCUUUCUCAGGCCCUGACCCCAUGAAGACCUACAACAUUAUCCUCAGAGGAAUUGAUAUGGUGGAGUUUCCAAAGAAAAUCACCAAAAGUGCAGCUAAUUUAAUCAAGAAACUCUGCAGAGAUAAUCCUUCUGAGAGGAUCGGGAAUCAAAAGAACGGAGUGAAGGACAUUCAAAAGCACAAAUGGUUCGAGGGGUUCAACUGGGAUGGCAUCCGCAAGGGCACCCUUACCGCUCCCUUUGUGCCAACUGUCGAUGGUCCUCUGGACACCAGUAACUUUGACUCCUUCCCAGACGACCAGGAGGAGCCCCCACCUGACGUAGAGACGGGAUGGGAAGUGGAAUUCUGAAUGAACUGCGCCAGGGCGCCGCACGUGCUGAGUGACACAGUACUCAGACAUUCAGACUCACCGUCUCUGAAGAACAUGAGGACAACACGUGCUCUAGCAGUCUUCUUCAGUAACGGAAAGACACUUGCGUCAGAAAGGUCAUUUGGACAUGGACAAUGUUGAAUAUACAGCCACAAUUCAGAAUGAUCUCUCUGAUUUUGUGGACUAUAAGGGCAGUUGUGUUGUGUAUCGUGGGGUAGAAAAGCUCCACGUGUUGGUUUAGUUUUAAGUUAUUCUGUGUCUGUGGUGUAGCAUACUGUUCAGCUUAGCUGACAUCCUGUUGUGCAUACUUCCUCAACAAUGGACAGGUUCAUUGCUCAGGCAUUGCUUACAAUUUUCUAUUCAGCUUCUAAAUUUAGAGUUCUUUUGGCUUCAGAUAGAAUAGACAAAGUGGGCCGCGGUUAUAACUCAGCAUGCAGACUGCUGCUGAACAGACGACGUUUGAUAUGUCACUUUCACACUUUUAUGCCAAAUAACACAAAAACGUGUGCGUAUACAGUGCUCUACCUGUCAGUACCAGAGCUUGGUUGUGAUACACAGCGAAUGAAGUGGUUAUUGUUUAUGAAAUGGUAAUAGUCAAAAACUGCUUACACAGCUACUGUCAGAGUGGUAGAAUUGACCUCAG